UUCUCGCAUCGACCCAACCAACCCAAACAGGGCGAAUUGACUGGAAGGAGUUGAUUUUGUAAUCAAUUAAAGUUAAAAUUAAAGUAUUAAAAUAUGUCGCUUGUCGCUGAUUACACUGAUUCGGAAGGGGAGGAGGAGGAGGAGAAGAAGCAGGAACCAGUCGUUACUGAUUCGAAUCCGUCGAAAUCUUCGUGUAGCAAAGCUUUAAGAAAUCCGUUUGGAGUUAAUAAUGAUGAUGACGAGGAAGAUAAUUGUUCUUCGUCGGACUCAAGUGAUGAAGAAGUGGAGAAAGUCAAGGAAAAGAAAAUCGGCGAUGGUGAACAGUUAGAUAACCCAUUCAGAUUCUUCGGGUCAGCUAACGUGGAAAACUCUGUUCUGCGGGUUGAAUUUAGGGAACAGGAAGCCAAGAAAACGGCCGUUUUAGAAAGGCAUGUCAAGCUGUCCCAAGAAAUCAUUGCGGGUGCGACAACAAUCAAUGGAAAAAAGAUUUGUUGGAAUAAUCGAAAAGGGAGAUGCCGCUUUGGUCAUAACUGCAAAUUUGCACAUGACACAGAUUCUGCUGUGAUUGAUCCAGAUUCUGUCCAGAUAAAGUUACCCGAUAAAAACUUUCAACCUGUUCAACCAGAACAAAUUCCAACGCAGUUCAAGAAACGUAACCCUUUCUGUAUGGACAAUGUAGAUUGGGACUCGGAAACGCCAGUGGUGUUAUCAUCCCUUGCCCAAUUGUCAGGAGGGGAUGGCGGUGGUGGACUUAAGAAAGGUGACGACGACUUAUUACCCGACGAUGACAGGAAGACAAAGAAAAAACGACCAGGUUUAGCUAGUGGGCUUAAUCCGAGUAAAAAGGUUAUGAAAAUGUACUACAAUAAUAAAGAAAAGGAACAAUUGUAGCAAUGUUGGUAUACCAUGAUCUUGCUUGAUAUUAUAAUCACUACUCAGGGUCAGGGGUACUAUUUUGCGUAUACCCGUGGAUUCGUAUUAAUUUAUUCGUGUGCGUCAAGCUAAUAGAAGUCGAGAGUGUACUUUACAAAUCUUCAAAAGGGUAGCACAAGCUGUUAUUUUGGGUUAGAUUAUUUAUAAAUUAUUUUAUUAUUACGUAUGAAUGUCUGAAAUAAAGAACCAUUUAUUUUUUUAAAUAAAACACCUAUUUUGAUGCUUUGAA